UGAACAUUAGAUUGAGACACCCUUUUCUUCCUCCUAUAAUUCGUCAUGUUGCCGUUGCCUUCGUCUUCCUCGUCUAUUUCCAGACACAAAUAUGAUGUUUUCUUGAGUUUUAGAGGUGAAGAUACCCGCAGAAAUUUUACAGGUCAUCUCUAUGAUGCUCUUCAACGCAGUGGAAUCGUCACUUUCAGGGAUGACCCCAAGCUGGAGGCCGGCAAAGAGAUUGCCCCAGAACUCUUUAAAGCCAUUCAACAAUCAUGGUGCUCGGUUAUCGUUUUCUCCAAAACCUACGCCUUUUCAAGUUGGUGUUUGGAGGAGCUUGCUGAGAUUGUUAAACAAAAAUUGGAAAAAGGUCAUAAAGUAUUUCCAAUUUUCUAUGACGUGGAUCCGUCUGAUUUGAGAAAACAAAAGGAUAAAGUUGGAGAAGCAUUUGCCAAACACGAAGAGACAUACAAGGAAGAUCAGCACAAGAUCCAAAGAUGGCGAAAUGCUUUGACUGAGGUUUCUAACAUCAAGGGAUGGCAUUUGAAUAACAAGCUUGAAUCUGAAUUUAUUGGAGAUAUUGCUAAAAAAAUCUCUGCAAAAUUAUGUCAAACAUAUCCAAUUGUUCAUGAUAAGUUGGUUGGAAUUAGUUCCCGUUUGGAGGAGUUGUAUUCAAAAAUCGAUGUUGGAGAAGAUGAUGUCCGUAUUAUAGGAAUAUGUGGAAUGGGUGGCAUUGGUAAAACCACUCUUGCAAGAGUUGUUUACAACCAAAUGUCAUCUCAUUUUGAAGGCAAAAGCUUUCUUGCUGAUGUUCGAGAAGUUUCAAACAAAUUCGGACUUGUUUCUUUACAGAAACAACUUCUUACUCAAACCUUGUCUGAAGGAGGAUUCAGUAUAUUCGAUGUUGAUGAAGGAAAUGCAAUCAUCAGUCAUAGGUUGUCUCACAAAAAGGUUCUUGUUGUUAUCGAUGAUGUUGAUAACAGAAAACAUUUGGAACACUUGGCUGGAAGGCGUGAUUGGUUCGGUACAGGCAGUAGGAUCAUUGUAACAACAAGAGAUGAACAUCUGCUCCGAUUUUAUCGAGCUGAUUAUGUGUAUAAGCCUGCGACAUUGAGUCCCAAUGAUGCACUUCGGCUUUUUAAAUUGAAAGCUUUCGAUAGUGAGACAGUAUUAGAAGGUGUUUUCAUUGAGCUUUCUAAACAUGUUGUACGCUACGCUGGUGGUCUUCCCUUAGCUCUUGAAGUUUUGGGUUCUUUUCUGUGUGGUAGAGAUGCAACUCAAUGGAGAAGUUCAAUUGAAAGACUUAAACGAGAUUCCAACAAAGAAAUUCUUGAUAGACUUAGAAUCAGCUUUGAUGGAUUGGAAGAAAGGGAAAAGAAUAUAUUUCUUGAUAUCGCAUGCUUCUUCAAUGGGGAGGAGAAAGAUUUUGUAACCAAAGUGUUGGAUGGUUGUGAGUUUUUCCCAGAUAUUGGAAUCGAUGUUCUCGUUAAGAAAUCCCUAGUGGCAGUUAAGGGAGACAACAGAUUGUGGAUGCAUGACUUGCUACAAGAAAUGGGAAGAAAAAUUGUUUGGGAAAAAUCUAUUGAUGAACCUGGAAAGCGUUGCAGAUUGUGGGAUGAAAGGGACAUCCAACAUGUUCUAACAAAAAAAACUUAA